CUCAAUCAGAACACCAUAGCAACCUCCAUCAUUCCUUGCCUAGGCUUCCUCAUGGCGGCGGCCACCAAGAACAAGAACCAGCCCCCACCACCAGCACCAGCUCCAGCGCCAGCGGCGAAGUUCGAGUGGGCGGAGAAGGCCGGCAGCUACGUGCUCCGACUCACCCUCCCGGCGGGCUUCAACAAGGACGACUUCCGUGUGCAGGUCGACGGCGCGGGGAGGCUCACAGUCCGGGGCAGCCGUCCCGCCGCCGCUGGCCGCGGCUCAUUACACAAGGUCUUCCAGCUGCCCUCCACCGCCAACCUCGACGAGAUUGCCGGCAGGUUCCAAGCCGGCGUGCUCACCCUCACCAUACCCAAGCGCGCGGCACCAUUGGCCCCGGCGCCGACGAGCAUCGAGGAGAUUAAGAGGAAGCUGGAUGUUGGAAAGGAGACCAAGGCCAACGAAGAAGAUGCGUUGAAGAAGGCGGCCAUGGACAAGAAGGCUCAGCAACAAAACCAGCACGAGGAAGAGGAGAAGGCUAAGUCACAGAAGCAAGAGCAGCAGAAGCCACCGGCGCCAGUGAAGAAGGAAGAAGUGAAGCCCAAGGCACCUCAGCUGACACCGGUGAAGAAGGAAGAAGAAAUGAAGCCAAAGGCACCUCAGGCGGCGGCUGCAACGCCGCCGCCCGAGAAGUCACCGCCCAAACCCGAGUGCGCCGACAAGGCCAAGCCGACGGUUGCCCAUGAGAGCCUGGCCGAGACGGUGAGCCGACCCAGCGAGGUAGAGCAGCGCGACAAGCAAGUGAAGGCGGAGCGAGAGAAGAAGGCGCUGGCAGUCAGCGGUUGGAAGGAGGGCUCAAUGCGGGGGUUCAAGGGGCUGACGGACAUGAAGUGGGCGGACGGCGUGGUGGAGGCGGCGAGGAACAACAAGGAGGCGGUGGCUGUCGGCAUCACCGCCUUCUCCAUUGGAUUCCUCGUUUCCCAGAAGCUCUUCAGGAAGUGA